CUGGUAUUUAUAAGAUUGAGUCCCUGGUUGUGUGUAUACUGCCCGUUAGGACUCUUUCGCUGCUGUUCAAAAGAUAUCAGAUAUCUCCAGAAACCGUAACCAUGUCCACCGUUUCGUUGUCCGAACUGGGACGAUAUCAGUCCAUUCCUGAGACGAAGGUCGACCUACCCUAUGCAGACCUCAUCACACUGGACCUAUCAAAGUUUGACCAACCUGGAGGGAAAGAAGCUCUAGCGCAGCAACUCCACCAUGCCAUCCAUACCGUGGGAUUCUUCUACCUCAAGAAUUUCGGACUCAGUGACGAAGAGGUAGAAAGGCAAUUUGACCUUGCCAUUGACCUCUUCUCCCUUCCUCUGGACGAGAAGCUAAAGUACCCGAUCACGAACGAGUUGAAGGGUGGGCCGUUGGGAUAUAAGCCCCGAGGCGUGAGGAAAGGCGCGCAUGGAUUGAUGGACAACAGCGAGAUCUAUGACGAUCCGAAAUAUAUCGACUUCUUCGAGCCGCGAGGGCGACCCGAGCCGUUUCAGCAAGCGAAGGUCGACACGGAGAAGUUCUGCAGACAUAUCCAUGAACACAUGCUCAAGCGGCUGCUGAUCCUCGUCGCCAUCAUCAUGGAGCUGGAGGAUGAGGAGGCGUUAUGGAAGAUCCACGAUUACUCCAAGGUUUCGAACUGCCACAUGAGGUACAUGGUGCAGCAUCCUCGGACGCCGGAGGAAAUCGAGAUCAUGAGGGCGAAGGGGGGGGAAGAGGUGAUAUAUGGACACACGGACUUUGGCACGUUCACGUUUCUGUUUCGGCAGCCGAUCGCUGGGUUGCAGGUUCGUUUGGAAGAGGAGAAAGAGUGGCGAUGGGUGAAGCCGGUGGAUGGUGCGUGCGUCGUCAAUGUUGCGGUAAGUGUCAACUCGUCAGCCAAUGCAAGGAUCGAAGUAAAUGCUAACUGCAUUGGAUUGGUUGUCUGCAGGAUACAUUGAGUUUCCUGACAGGGGGGUAUCUGAAGAGCUCUAUUCACCGGGUGGUACUGCCUCAGGAAGACCAACGGCACCUUCCACGCGUCGGCGUGAUAUACUUUUCGAGGCCAGGUAUGACAGAAUGCCCCUGAGCAAUUCUGAGUUCUUGAGCUCACUCUGCACCUUCUAAUGCAUAACUGACAAGUGCUGCAGAGGAAGAGACGCUGUUAAAGCCUGUGGAUUCGCCUGUCAUCCGUCGCGUAGGCAACAAGUCCGUAUUGCCACCGAAUAACGCUCUCACAUCAGCGGAAUGGGUUCAGGCGCGGUAUGCCAAUAUCCCUG